AUGAGUGAUUCUAUUAUCCCAUAUAAUCUAGUUAGAUCAUCUAUUAACCUUAAUUGUAUCACUUAUAUCGACACUCCAGAAAAUAAUCAUAUUUUUUCAAUUUACGUAAAAAAGGAUUUAACUAUUAGCAGUCUUAAAGAAAUAAUUAAGGAGGAAAGACCGUACCUUGCUAACUAUGAUAUAGAAUUGUGGAGGGUUAAUAUCAACCCUGAUGAACUUAUGCUUAACAGGUUUGAUGUAGAUAUCGAGAAAGAACUUGGAGGUGAAAAGAUGCCAGUCACAAUGAAGAUUUCUUCUUGGUUUCCUCAUGAACUUAAUGAAAAAUAUCUACAUCUUAUUGUCGAAUUGCCUGAAUAUCGAAUCAAUUUUAAGAGCUGUACUGAUAUGAAAGAACUUAUUCCUAUGGAUAAGGUUAUAUUCAAGGAAGAUUCCUUCGAGCUAGAAGGUGAAAUUGUUCGUACCGAUGUAGGAAUUCAAAUCAAAUCAAUUUAUGAAUCAAACAUAAUUAUGAUGGAUUCAUUUACUGAAUACAUAAAGCGAGUAAGAAAAUUGGCAAAAAAAAUCCGUCGUAAAAUGAACAAGCAAAAUCAAAGAGAGUCUUGUGGAGGAGCAACCAUGAGAGAAAACUUAAUGUGGUAUAUGAGAGAAAACAUAAUCAUAUAUUUACAUUUGUUGAACAAACGAUUUUCUUGGCUUGAUUUUCGUGCACAAAUACUUGAACAAAGAAAUCUUCAAAAACUCCCACAACGUGAUGAACAACAAAAAUUUCACGUAAUUUUAAAUGAUCGGUUUGAUGAAUUAUUAUUUAUUGGGCGUGCCUUUAAAGAAUUAUUUUGGAGUUAUGAAAUGUCCACAGUAUCUGCAGGAUGGCUUAAUGAGAAAGAAGUUAUUCUUGUUUCUAUGGACCUGCCAGAGGGGUCGUUAUUACCAUUUCCUCUUCCAAUUAAAUUUAAGGGCAUAUCUUUGAUUAUUGAUUACGAUGUCAUCAUUCCUUUCCAUCGCAAUUACCAUGAAAAGCUUGUGCCGGGUAUUAGUAUUGGUAAACUUAAAUUUCCUAUCAAGAAUGCAUGUACCAUAGGUCUGUUAAUUCGAAUAAAAAAGAGAUCUGAAGAGAAUUUCAAAGGUUUUUACAUUCUUACUACAAAACAUGGACUUGGAAAAAGAGGCAGUGUAGUAUGCCAGCCAGGAACCUUAGACAACGGUUGGAAGGGUUGUGCUUCAAUUACUAAAUACACUUGUUUAAAUACCGACGCCAAUGGUCACCUCAUUGAUUAUGCUAUUUGCAGACUCAGUAAUGAUAAUAGGGUUUCAAUAAACCCAAAUAUACCAUUUGGAUCUGGGAUCAAUAUUUGUAAUCUUGAGGAACUUUCUAAUAUAGGUCACAAUUCAUACAAUAAGAACUAUGUUAAGAAAUCUGGGAGAACGACAUAUGUAACAGAAGGAAUUAUGGUCGAUGAGUGGGAUUCUGUUAAAUUUACAGUUUUUAAUCCUCCAAGAUAUGCCCUUGCUAUAAAAAUAUUUUCUCGACGAUUAGGAUCAUCAUUUGGUGCUCAAGGAGAUUCUGGUUCUCCAAUAUUUAACGAAAAUAAUCAGCUGUUAGGAAUACUUCAUGGUGGUGACCAAAAUGCAUCCUAUAUGGUGCCCAUCGAAAUAAUUAAACAUCAUUUAAGAACUCAUUAUAAAGUAGAAAUUGAAUUAAUCGGUG